UUUUACACAAUGGAUUACGGAAAAUCAGGAUCUGGAUAUAUGAAUACUUCUUUUGACGGUUCCAACAAGACUUCCUCUGGUUUUACCAGAAAACCAAUGGGAGAACAAACAUUGAGACCCUUGACUGUCAAGCAAAUCAAAGGCUGUAGUAUACCUCAAGACGAUCUUUACAGAAUUGAUGAAGCCGACGUAACCCAGGUUACCAUUGUCGGUGUCAUUAGAUCUGUUCAAGAAUUAGCCACCAACUACAUUUACAUGGUUGAGGACGGUACUGGUGCUAUUGAAGUUAAAAAAUGGGUUGAACAAAGCGAAACACCUGAAGAAUCUGAAGCACGUCGAUUAUUAUUGCCUGACACUUAUGUGCGUGUCAACGGAAGACUCAAUAGUUUCAGUGGCCGUAUUUCAGUAUCAGGUCAUUUCAUUCGCCCUAUUACUGACUUUAACGAGGUUACAUACCAUUUUCUCGAUACCAUCCAUAUACAUUUAACUUUUGUUAAGCCCAACGGAGGUACCGCUAUGGAAAUUGAUAGUGCUCCAAAGUCUGUGAAUACGGCAGUCAGUGAUUUUAUUCAAAAGUACGAUCCCGAUAGUCAAGGUUGUACUGCGGAACAAAUCAUCUACAAGUUCAAAGGCGUCUAUAGUGAACAGGAAAUCAGAAAUGCCAUUGAGUAUCUCGAAAAUGAAGGUCAAUGCUAUACAACUGACAACAAUGAGCAUAUCAAAUCAUGUUAUCCUUAGAUUGAGAAAUUGAAAAAUAAAAAAUAGGAGACUUUAUUUUUUUUUUU